AUGGACUCUCAUAGCAAAGUGGAGAAAAUUAAGCUGAACAAUUGUAGGCUGACAGAGAAAAGCUGUUCAGUUCUAGCUACUGUUCUCUCCUCCAAAACCAUCCUGAAAGAGAUUAACCUGAACAACAGCCGUCUGCUGGACUCAGGAGUCAAAGAGAUCUGUGAGGGACUGAAGAAUCCUGUGUGUGAGCUGAAGAUACUCAGACUCUCAAACUGCAGUGUCACUGAAGAAGGUUAUAAAGCUCUGGCUUCAGCUCUGAGAUCAAACCCUUCACACCUGAUAGAGCUGGAUCUCACAGGAAAUGAUCCUGGACAAUCAGGAGUGAAGGAGCUCAGUGAUUUACUACAGGAUCCAAACUGUCAACUAAUACUGAGGUUUUUGAGUUCUGAAGCAGAAGAAGCCUGUCACUAUGUGAGAAGAGUUGUGAAUAAAAACCCAUUACUUGUGAGAGAACUGAAUCUGAGUGAACAUAAACUGAACAGCACACAUAAAGUGAAGCAGCUCGCUGCUCUACUGGAGGAUAAACAUUGUAAACUGAACAUAAUUCAGCUGUGUGACUGUGAUCUAACAGAGGAAAGCUGCUUAGUUCUCGCUACAGUCCUGAGAUCAAACUCCAGUCUGAAAGAACUUGACAUGAGCAACAAUAAUCUGCAGGAUUCAGGAAUAAAGAAACUCCAGAACGGAUUAGAAAAUAAAAACUGCACACUGGAAAAACUCAGACUUUCAUACUGCAGUAUCACAGAAGAAGGUAAUAAAGCUCUGGCUUCAGCUCUGAGAUCAAACCCUUCACACCUGAUAGAGCUGGAUCUCACAGGAAAUGAUCCUGGACAAUCAGGAGUGAAGCAGCUCAGUGAUUUACUACAGGAUCCAAACUGUCAACUGAAGACACUGAGAUUUUUGAGUCCGGAUGCAGAAAGGGCUUCUGAAUAUGUGCCUGGACUUGUGGGUAAAAACCUGUUGCUGGUAAAAGAGUUGAAUCUGAGUGAUGUUAAACUAGGAGACACACAAGUGAAUCAGAUCGCUGCUCUACUGCGGGAUAAACACAGUCAACUCAACACGGUGAUUCUGUGUGGAUGCAGUAUUACAGAGAAACAGUGUCUCAUCCUGACUUCAGCUCUGAAAUCAAACCCAUCACACCUGAGAGAACUGGACCUAAGUGGGAAUAAAAUAAAUACAGGAGUGAAUCACUUAUGUGACAUACUGAUGCAUUCACACUGUAAACUGGAGAGACUGAGGUUCAGUGGAUGUGAAAUGACAGAUGAAGGAUUUUCUGCUGUGACUUCAGCUCUGAAAUCAAACCCAUCACAUCUGAGAGAACUGGUCCUGAGUGGAAAUAAAUUAGGAGACUCUGGAGUGAAACACCUCUGUGAUCUACUGAUGAACCCAAAAUGCAAGCUGGAAAUACUCAAUUUGUGUAAAUGCAGAAUUACAAAGAAAUAUUGUCUCAGCUUGACUUCAGCUCUGAAAUCAAAUCCAUCACACCUGAGAGAACUGGACCUCAGUGUGAAUCAGAUUAAUAAGACAGGGGUGAAUCACUUAUGUGACGUACUGAAGGAUUCACACUGUAAACUGGAGAGAUUGAGUCUAAAUGACUGCGGCAUUACAGAUGUUGCUUGUUUGGCUCAGUCUUUGGAUAAGAAGACAUCAUUACGUUUUCUAAAAGAGCUUGAUCUGAGUAACAAUAAAAUAGGAAACUCAAAGAAGCAGCUCACUGAGGUGCUAAAAGAAUCAGGCUGUGAACUGAGACUAGACAGUGAAAGCUUGCUAAAACGAUUUGAUGGAUGGCUUGGGCUUUAAGCUCAAGAAGCUGUACAAACAGAACCUGUCAACUUCAGGUUGAUCGGAGAACAGAUGUGUACAGUAAACAGGGGACUGGCUCUUUAGUAUAAAUUCUCCAUCAAUCAUGUAGUGGACUGUAGGAUGGUAACACUUAAAAUACACCUUCCACUCAACAAUGAGGAAAGUUUCAUGUCAAUGUGAUCAGGUUUAUGUGGACAGUCAGGCAGUUUCCACCUCUUACUAGCAUGCAUCUCAAAUGUGUCUCUGUUCAAACUUUGUCAAGACUCUCUCUUCUUGUUUCUUCCCCUCUACAUCACUUUCACAGCAGUGCUAGUGUUGUGAGUUGACAGUAUAGUAAUACAUAAUGUUCAUUUA